GUGCAGUGAGUGCUUGUCGUAGUUCGUUUCAAACAGAGGCGGCCAGCCGGCCGAGGUGGACUUAGAGAAGUCGUCAUGUCUUCGGCGGCUUACGAGCUCGGAGCCGUGCGGCUCGAGAUCAGGCCGCUGAGGCCUUUCAAGUCUAGCGAGGAGUACUUGUGGGCCAUGAAGGAAGACUUGGCCGAGUGGAUGAACACGCUGUACGGCCUCAAGCUGACGCCCGAGACGUUCCUGGAGUCUCUGGACGACGGCGUGACGUUGUGCCGUCACGCGAACAAGGUUCUCGAGGCGGCUCGACGCGAAGGCCGGCUGGCCGCGCUCAAGCUGCCCGACCGGGACGUGGUGUACCGCCCCGACGUCCAGCGCGGCACCUUCCAGGCUCGCGACAACGUCUCCAACUUCAUCGCCUUCUGUCGCGCGCUCGACAUCAAGGAGUGCCUGCUGUUCGAGACCGAGGACCUGGUGAUGCGCAAGAACGAGCGCAGCUUCAUACUGUGCCUUCUCGAAGUGGCUCGCCGUGGAGCCCGUCUGGGCAUGCUGGCGCCGCUGCUCGUGCAGUUCGAGCAGGAGAUCGACGCCGAGCUCGAGCACGAGUGCGACUCGGACGAAGAGCCGCCCCCGCCGAGGCCGCAGAUCAUCACCAACGACUUGCGAUCGCUUCACGAAAGGGUAGUGGACCUGCUGAACAGGUGUACCUGCCCGUCCCAGUUCCCGAUGAUACGCGUUGCGGACGGGAAGUACAGGAUUGGAGAUACGAAGGUGCUCAUCUUCGUGCGGAUACUCCGCAGUCACGUGAUGGUGCGCGUGGGCGGCGGAUGGGACACGCUGGAGCACUACCUCGACAAGCACGAUCCUUGCAGGUGCAGAUCAGGCCACAGGACAUCGACAUCGGCAAAGCUGACCAUGACUGCCGGAAAGGGUGGUAGCCCAACCAUGCAGGUCACAUACAAUAGACCUCCCGCAGCAAACUACUCUUACGGCAGCACGUCGCCACUGAUGUCACACAGAGGCCUGCUGCACAACAACUCGCUGACCGGCGACCACGACCGAGACCUGACACCGUCAAGAAUAUCGCACUGCAGCGACGACUCGACCAGCUCGAGCAGCGGUGGUUGCGGAGUGCCCGCCGACAGCAGUAGCGAGACAUCCGAAGGCGAGUUCGCCAAGACACCUGGAGGGUCGCGGAAGUGUUCGCCGCGAAAGAUCGCCAAGACAGGCAACAUCACACCACAGCCGGGCGAAUUCGGAAGCACCAACGGCACCUCCCCGUGGAAGAUGGCGCCGCCAGAACGACCCGACCCGGCGGGAGGACGUUCACACGACGUCAUCGACAGCAGUGCCGCGUCGGCCGACGAGAGCUACGCAUCGUCCGCUUCGCCCUCCGCCUCUCCCGCCAAGACGAACGGAACGGCAUCCUCUCCGAGACAUUCAAUAUCUGGUGUAGGGUCCAGGCAGACUCCUCCGCCACCAUCUGCCAAGUCUAGGAUUCCCUACCUCGCCGCACCCAACCGGGCCACGAGCUCGGAGAAUCUGACCACAAACGGAACGACGUCGCCAAUUCCUCAACAUCAUCAGCAGCAACAGAUGACCAAGCAGCAGGCGAUGACCAACGGCAGAGUCCGACAGUCGUCUACUCCGCCUAACCCCAACGCAAGGCGUCGUUCGGUGGACGCCGGACUGGCCACUCUACCCCGAUCGAGGUCUCACAGCAGUGAAGGGAGCAUGACUUCCGACAAGGCGUUCCUCACGCGAGGCGUCCCGGGUCGCUGCUCGUGGAGGAGUCCGCCCCCAGUCCGGACCUCGCCGCGGUCUAACUCUGACGGCAACAAGACGUGGGCCUUCCGGCAGCGUGGUUCUUCCAGACCGGCCUUGACGCCGGACCUCUUCACCGAACCCGGCUCCAAGAGAAGCGCGGUCCACUCGAGCCCGACCAAAUCUCAGCGGCCCAACGUGAUAUCGCCCCUACUGCAGGAGCUGCUGCGUGAAAAAGACCUCGAUUCUGACGACAAGAUCCUGAAGAAGAUGGAGUUCAUCGUCAAUCACUACCGUUCGCGACUUGACAAGGGUGAUUGCGGUGAUGCCAAUGGCACCUCCACCCUCCCUAAAGCCUCCCAUACAGCACCCACGUCACCCGACAGCUUCUGCAGCCCUCCAUGUCGGAGGCGGGGCUCAAAGAUACCCAUGGCUACUUACUAUGACAGGGACUAAUUCAUACUGUCUCUUUGAGGACUCUUGUGCCGAGUACUGGCAUCUGUCUCGGGGUGUACCGAAAGAUCAUCGGUGCCAUAACAGAUUUGGGCCAGUUCAAAUGAAAAAAAAAUGUGUGGAUUGCUCACAGGACUGGCCCUCCCCGACAGGCUAGAAUGCCACGGUCGAGGAUUGAUUUCCUCCUGAAAGAGGAUAAGUUGUUAGAUGAUGCACCUGGCCAAUGCUUUAUGGUCUGUUACGUAGGGAGUGACGACACGAUUUUGCAGGCAUUCAGCUAUGGUUCUUGUGUUGUCGUGUGUGUUGCGGAGUUUAUUGAUGUCGGGCGCUCUCCGCCAACUGCAGGAGACAACUUUACUCUUGAGUUUGGCAUCGCAACAACAGUUGCUUAACGUGUAGGUAGCACGUGAGACCCCACCUUUAAUCAUGGCUAUGGUUAACUCGCAGCUGCUCCACCUGUUGCAUGACGCAGAACUGAAAGAAGAAGAAGAAGAAAAGGCACGCGUUGUUUCGGGUGCGUUUGCUGCUCGGAGCUGACGUUUUGUUUGACCAGAUCAAACUUUUAUAUAAAAUGUUACCUGAAGCGAGGCUCGUACGAACGUAGCAGCAGUCGCGCGAGUCUUGUGUCGGUCUGAACUAUAGUGACAGCAUAGUCACUGACAUGGUUAAAAAUGUAGGGAUGAAAUGAAACUUGGUAUAACGCAGUCGUAUAUCAAUAAAUGCGCUCAGGAGCUUUUUUACCAUGAAUGCUACAGAAUAACAAUGUAGAUAUAUUUUUCAGAUCUAUUUUACCUGGCACUACGGUGCGCAGAAAUAUAAGAACUGCGUUUUCUGGUUGCGUCUUCGCAUUAGUACUGGAAAAGUGAAACACAAGUGGUAGAUAGGGCGAAAUGUCCGGAGAUAGAACGUGUUUAGGAGGAGUAAGUAAUACGUAACAUGGCAUUUAAUGGAACGGUACAUCUGCGACCUCUUCAAAGGUCAUUUUGCUGCCUUGUCUGAGCUAGUGACUGCUGCCGAUACCGCCCAGAGCGGGCGGAGUGGGGCUUGGUCCAAAAUGCGCUUUCUUUUAAUGUAUUUUGUUUGGGAAGAGUGCCAUGCAUGAUGUAUGUGAAGAGUUGAUGAGUGUUUUGUAUAUUUUUUUUGCUUUCGCUGAAGCAACAAGACAAUUGACAGUGAGCUUGUUUUGCUCUUUUUGUUUUGUUACACGAUUCUUACGUCCAUUAUCUCUGUGUUCACGCAAGCAGCUGAUUUUAUCGUUUAUUUUUUAAUCUGUACAGCGCUGCAAUCGGCCACCACAUCAUGACCCGGGCGCACAUCUUAAAACUGCUCGGAAGUGGCGCGUCUCUUGACGAAUGUCCGCUUUCGUCGCUUCCUCUAGUCCGCAGGAUAUAGAACGCAGAUUUACACGGGCUGGUUUUCCUUCCAGACCAAUAACCUAACUAAGUGUGACUAGUACGAGGCUUCCACAUUUCUUGGCUAUCACGCCUUCGUUUAUUGCUCUAGUAGAAUUUUAUUUACAAAUGCCAGACACAAAAAGGAACAGUGCCUGACGGUAGGUUUUAGAUUGAGGUCGAUGUAAAGACGAAAAUGGAUGAUGGACAUGUUUGUUGAUUCCAGCUUUAUGAAAACGUGAGUGUUCAUAAAAUAUGAAAACUUUGGAGCAACGGAGGGAGGACCAAGGAAAAAAAUAGCUUCAGCUUCUGCGUCGAAAUUUUGGCUAAGGGGCCCGUGUUCUCCAGUGUCCUGACACAUACAGAGGUUCGUUGUCUGAACUUGGGCUCCAGGUCUAGGAUUCUUUCCAUUUGCCCACCGUCGUACCAUUAAUUACUCGAGUGUGGCACAUCGCGACAAAUUGUCAAACCGAGUUCGCCGAUCGCAACCUCGCCCCUAAGGUACUCCUACAGAUCACUUAACUGUAGGUUGCCGUAAGCAACAGCUGUCGUUUGAUAGACUGAGGGUCGAGGCGAUGCAUUACGCGAUGUACACGUGGGCUCUUGCGUUUGUCUUGAUUGUUGGCGAGGCACUAGGCGGUUUUAGAAUACGGUACAUUUGCGUUAGCGUUUGUCGCUACUGCGAAUGCGUCAUACCCUAAGCUCUCGGGUAUGUACCUAAUAGAGAGUUUUCGAAUAGGGGUCCCAAAGAAAUAGGCUCAAGGCCACGGCGUGCGCACAAAACCCAGACUGCUUUCGGGUGUUGCGUUGGGGACGCUAUUUCUUGAAUUUAGCGGCAGCCCUAAAGCCUGCCCCAAAAGAUUUGCGUCAGACAAGCGUCAGGGCACCCACUGAACUCUCGCCUAUCCGCCUACAGACAGGCGUGACCUAAAAUAGGGGGAGUGUCCAAAAUGCAGAAGACCCUAUUCGAUAAAAAUUUGCGCUUGCUUGGCCCGAAGUGUACAUACACAAAGAGCUUUGGGGACCCCAUUCGAAAACUCCCUUAUAUGUUGAAACAAAGUAGCGUACAUACCCAAGCAACGCGGAGCAUAGCAACUCAAUUCUAAAGCUCUCUAUUGGUUUUCGAAGAGUGUUUUUCACAAACAGAGAACGCGUGAGACACAGCACAUGUUUCUAAUUCAUCGCGAUAGUUCAGUUAUUGUUGCUCAUCAUAUGAAGCCUGUAGUAUAUAAUGCAUCUAUGCCAAAUAUUACGCCGUAUGGUUAGGAACACGCGCUCAGAAAUGGGAAAAAAAAGUGGAUCAAGUUCAGGAGACUUCCUGCUGUGCGUGUUGGUGCGAAGAAGAACGUAGGAUAACGACUACCUAGGAACUUGGAAGUUGAAAAGCACAGCAGUGUUCCGCAAGUUUCGUAGCGUCAAAAUCCGUUAAUAAUUGGCAUUAGUUGUAAGGUAUUCAUGACUUACGUAACAGAUAUGACGCCCGCGCUGCUUGGCAGCUGUUAUGAUGACUGCACCGUGAGGGGUUAGACUAAACGUUAAUACAGAGCAAAAACUAAAAUAAGCGUGCGAUAUAGCCGUGGAAGUUUCAAUGUUUAUUAGCCGAAAUCGAACACUCGCAAAUUGCGGAGUAGUCUUUCGUACACAAUUACUGUGAAUUCUUUAAUAGGAGCGAGACACGCAAAGGCGCAGCUAGCGCACUGUGACGAAACCACGCGUUAUGUUGACUCGCGUACGACGCAACGCGCUUAUGUCGGAAGUGCUGUACACUGUUACUUAGCGUUAAAGAAAAAAAUACACCCACACGCAUGUGUUUUCGGUAAGCACGCCAUCAAAAACGAUGUAACAAAGUGUUCUGUUCCAUUUUUUUCUUCUUCUAGGAACUGUCAAAUUUGUCAUUGUUGUCGGUAUGCUUUGUCGUUGCCUAUACCUCAGCUAAAAUUUUGUAAAUAAAAGUUCUGUUUUUAACAAAAAAAAA